CGGGGGGGCGCUGAGCGGCCUCGCGGCGGCCCCGGGCUGGAGCGGGGGGCGCGCGCCCAGGCUUUCCCCCGCGGGAUGGAGCCGGCUCCGGCGAGGCCGAAGGCCCCGUCCUUCCUCUCGGACCUGGGCAAGGCGACGCUGCGGGGGAUCCGCAAAUGUCCCCGCUGCGGCACCUACAACGGCACGCGGGGGCUGAGCUGCAAGAACAAGACCUGCGGCACCGUCUUCCGCUACGGCACGCGCAAGCAGCCCGGCGUCGACGCCGUCAAGCUCAUCACGGGCUCCGAGUCGCAGGUUUAUUCGGUGCGCCAGCGGGACCGGGGGCCGGAUUACCGGUGCUUCGUGGAGCUCGGGGUUUCGGAGACGGCCAUCCAGACGGUGGACGGCCCCGUGGUGACGCAGCUGGGCACGGGGCGCUGCUACGUGCCGGCCUGCCUGAAAGCGGCCGCGCAAGGCGUGGUGGAGAACCAGUGCCAGCACGUCAAGCUGGCCCUGAGCUGCCAAACGGAAGCCACGCCGCUGGCCCUAAAAAGCUCCGUCCUCAACUCCAUGCAGGCCUCGCCCGAAACCAAGCAAACCAUCUGGCAGCUGGCCGCCGAGCCCACGGGGCCGCUGGUGCAGCGCGUCACCAAGAGCGUCCUGGUGGUGAAGUGCAAGGCCAGCCAGAGGCACAGCCUGGGCUACCUGCACGCCUCCUUCGCCCACAAGGUGAGCGCCAAGACGCUGGCCGAGCACCGCUUCGUCUGCUCCUGCCAAACCCCGAAACCCGGCAAAGGCGGCGCCGCGGGCAAGGAGGAGGCGGCGGCGGCGGCGGCGCGCUGCGUUCACUUCUUCGCCUGCAUCUGCGCCUUCGCCAGCGACGAGAGCCUGGCGCAGGAGUUCGCCGAUUUCCUCGCCUGCGACGCCGGCGGUCUGAAAGGCGUCGCCGUCCCCCCGCUGGUGUGCGGCCCCGAAGCCGCCGCCGUGCAGGCCGGGGAGGCCGCCGCCAAGCCCAAGAAGAGGAAAAAGGACCCGGCGUGCGGGACGCAGGCGAGCGGCCCGCUGCUGGCUCAGGACCCGGCGAGCGGCAGCCUGAGGAGAGGCGGCGCGAAGAAGCCGCCCGUCGCCUCCUCGCUGAAAAGGCAAGAGCCCGUUGCGCCUGCGCCGCCGGGGAACCGGUGAAGGCUGUAACCAGCUGCUGGACGAGUCGCAGGUCACCCUGUCCUUCCAAGACUGGCUGGCCAGCGUCACCGAGCGCAUCCACCAGACCAUGCAUUACCAGUUCGAAGGCAAGCCCGAGCCCCUGGUCUUCCACAUCCCCCAGGCGUUCUUCGACGCGCUGCAGCAGAGGAUAUCCAGCGGGAGUGCCAAGAAGAGGCUGCCCAACUCCACCACAGCCUUUGUCCGCAAAGACGCCCUUCCCCUGGGGACCUUCUCCAAGUACACGUGGCACAUCACCAACAUCCUGCAGCUGCCGCUGGAGAUCACGCGCAGCUUCAUCCAGAACCGGGACGGGACCUACGAGCUCUUCAAGUGCCCCAAGGUGGAGGUGGAGAGCAUCGCCGAGACCUACGGGCGCCUGGAGAAGCAGCCGGCCAUCCGGCCGCUGGAGCUCAAAACCUUCCUCAAAGUGGGAAACACCUCUCCCACCCAGAAGGAGCCCACCCCCUUCAUCAUCGAGUGGAUCCCCAACAUCCUACCUCACUCCCGCAUCGGCGAGCUGCGCAUCAAGUUCGAGUACGGCCACCACGGCAGCCGCCAGCCCGCUGCCUUCUCCGAGCAGCAGUCGCCGGCGCUGGAGCCCGCGCUGGAGCUCGCCCCGCUCGCCACCAUCACCUUCCCCUGAGCCCCUGGGCCACCGGGGCUGGCGCCGGGGCCGCCGGGCAGGCAGGUUAGCCUGGAAGAGACAAAUAAAUCCAGCACGGAAGGGCUGGUUACCUGCUCGCCCUCCAGCAAGCAGCUGCAAAAAUAAAACGUCCCGCUCGCCGGGUGCCCCCUGCUCCUCGCUGCACCCAGGAAAGGCAGGUGGGGGGCUCGGGGGGGGGGCUGCACCCCACAUUUAGGGGUGUACACACCAAGGGUGGCCCCCAGCCAAGCACCACCACCACCCAGGGGAGCCCCAGCUUCAGCUGGGGUGAGCCGAGGGCUUUGGUGCUGAGCAGGGGGCUGGGGGGCACUUGGGGUUCCCCCACCUGAGCGCAGCACGUGCUAAAGGUGCAGAGUUUGUGCUGUUGGGUCACUUCAGCCUCUCCUUGCUCCUAUAUUUGUGGGGGUCUCCUCACGCUUUACACCCUCCCGCGGAGCCCAGCUCCAUCGCUGGCUGCAUCUUCCCCACGGGUGGGCGAGGAGAGAGCAGCCCUGGGGGGAGCAGGGGGUGCACCGCAGCGGGGAGCAGCUCUAGCAGCAGAACCACUGCUCCCCACUGCCUCACCCCCAUCCUCCAGGAGAGCGCCCCCAGGGCUGAACCCCCCCCCCCCCAGCAGCUGCAGGAUGAGGCCCCCCCCCACCCCUGGGAGGAGCCAGGCACUGUGCCCCCCGUCACCCCCACGCAGGAGGCAGCACAGCACCCUCCAGCCUCAGCCAGGGCCUCCCUCCCAAGGGCACGGGGAGGCUGGGGACAGGAGGAGGCCGGGGCUCUCCUGAGCUGCUGCUGGCCUCGUGGUACCAGGAUCCUCACCCCACCUGCAGGGAGAAGAGCUCUGGGAGCUGGGUGCCAAGCACGGUGCUCCAGCAGCCCCCAGACCAUGGGGGGGGGGGGGGGGGGGGGGGGUUCACACCCCCAUCCCCGUGCCCCUCCCGUUGCCGAAACCUCACAGGCUUCCACUGGUCAGGCUGACACCGCUCACCCUGCUACAGGACAUAGGAAAAAAAUAACAAAAAAAUGAAAUAAAAUCACCAAUCUCAGG